AUGCUUUUAAAGAAAACUGGCGAAAGUGCUCCUGAUGCGUCCGAAGAGUCUUCGUCUGAAGAUUCUUCAUCUCCUUUACAGCGAGAUGCCGAAACAGAAUUGCAAAACACCGACAACAAUGACGACAACAGUGGUUCUGAAGACUUUGAAGAAGGUCUUAAUGAUGAAGUAUCUCAGGAAACCGACGACAAGAUGGACGCAAGAAAUCAAAAGUCUAGGGAGCCGCUGAAAACAGGUACAAUCAAGCCUCAAGAAGGAAACGACGCGGACGCAAAAGCGGCGCCUUCCGAUUCCAAUUUCGAUGAAUCCAUGGAGAAUGGUGCUAAUGGGGAAAUAUCAGAAGCAGAUUCAGAUGAAGAAGUAUCAUCUGAACCUUUGGAAGAAGCAAAAAAGGCCAAGGAUCUGCUUCUCAAAAAGAAAUUGAUAGAGCGACAACAGAAACGGAAUAAUGGGCCAAGGGAUCCUUCCAUCAAGCGCUUUCGCAACAUUGAUUUAUUCAGCUUGAAGAAACGACACUCAAAAUCAGAUCUAUUCGAAGGGGAAGAAGGCGAAGAAGGGGACGAUUGCGAGGGUAGCGGCAGCGGUAGCGACGAGGGAAGCCAAAAUGAAAAUGUGGACAAUUCACCCACAACAAAUGAUUUGGAGAAUUCGGAUUCCAAGAAGACCUCAAGUGCCGAAACAGAAAGUGCAUCCGAGCCUUCAGUCCCAGAUACUGCCAAUAUCGAAGGUACAGGUACACACUCGGAACAGGAGGAAAUCAGGCAUGCUUCGGAAGCACAACAAGCAGAGCAGGAGGAGGCAACUGAUCCGACUAAUCCAACUGAUCCAGCUGCUGGAAACGAUGAAACAAACGACGGCUCACAGACUCUAACUUUUCUUGACGAAGCUUCCUUAGGGGGCAAAAUUAUGCACAAAGGAGACGAGUCACAAAGUGUUGCAGAACCUGAAGCAAGGACUAGAGAAGAAGGACAUGGUGAAAAUGACAGCUCAAGCGAUUCCGCAAGGCCAACAAAAGUGGAAGCCCCGGCGAGUAGUGAACGAGAUGCGAUGGAUGAAAAAUCUGGAGAUGCAGCCAAUCAGGACGACAAAUCGAAAUCUAAAAAGUCAAAAGAUUCCAAGGAUUCUAAGGAUUCCAAGAAAAUGAAAUCCAAGAAGAAGGAAAAGCGUAAGGACAAAAAGUCCAAAUCCAGAAAGUCGACUUCCAAGAAGACAAAGCCAAAGAGAAAAUCACACGGAUCGGCGGGAUCACAACGUCUACAAGGAAAGCGACCGAGUGUGCCUCUUGAUACAUUGGACGAACAAAGCGCGCAUGAUCCAGAUCCACAUGCGGGCAAAGAUCCCAGACAGAGUGAAACAACCCUUUCUUUGCUACUGAAUUCGAUUGAACAGGCCCAUGUUGUGUCAAAAUCAAACCAGACCGUGGGAGAAUAUUCAGCUGGGUCAUUCAUUUCCGAUACGGGAUGGUCUGACGGCACAAGCUCCUCCUAUGACACUGAUGAAGAUGACAUUUCACUGUCCUCGAGCGGCUCUCUGAAAGCUGAACAGGACAACGGAGAAGAACAUGAAAAGGAGGAUACCGCAAAUCAGAUCUCAGACCCACCCGUGGAACAGCAAGUCGACGAAGUUCCUCCGGCUCCAGAGAAGGACCAGUCGUCUCCUAAGCUUGCAAACACACACAUCGUCAAGAGGCUUUUUGGAAAGAAGAAAUAUGAUUCCUUGGAGGGAGAUGCGGAUGUGGUUCAGAAGUCGCCUUCCGCUCGAGAGGCUACAACGCCUCGGAAAUCUACCUCUUUGAAUAUUGUCGCAAACCUUUUCCGUCGAAGGAAGCAAAAACCUGAUGUUCUCAAGACACCGGAGGAUGAUUCUGAACUUGAAAAAAAUGCAGGGGAAGCAAAGGAGGAGGAGACGAACGAUACAGACGGCGCCAACGAAGUAGAAAGACAGCAAUCUCCAAAGUCAGGCGCAGAAAUAGCCGAAGAUGAAAACAUAGAGGGAGGUGCAUCAGGAGAAGCCGCUUCAAACGAUGAAGACGAAGCAGUUCCUUCUUUGCAAGUGGAGACAGCGGCGAGCCAGGAAGACAGUAAAGUGGAUGGCUCUGGAGAAAUCACAUUAAAUGAAGAAAAUGCAGAGGAACUGAGCGCAGAAAGCAAUGCUGCUACUCCUUUGCUGCAGAAUGAUGGAAAUGUUGAGGGUCGAUCAGAGGAUGGUGAGCAUCCAAACGUGCAAGGUGUCGAAGAGAAUGGUGGAGUUGGGAGUACGAAAGAGAAACAUAAGACGCAUCCGAAAAAGAAAGAUGGCCAAACCAAAAAGAAAAAAGACAAAGCCGUGUCAGGUAAUCGGGACCGAAGUGACUCCGCACCAGAUGAUCCCAGUGCUGUGGCGUCUACUAGUGCUGAUAGGAGAAAAGAGAAAGAGGGAGGUUCAAAGAAGCGUUCCAAAUCUGCUGCAAGUGGCAAAAAGAGACGAAAACCUAUAGAUUCAAACAAAGAGAAGGAUUCUUCUCCAGGACAGGAAGCAAAGGCUUUAGCCAAGAAGAAGACAAAAAAGCCAGUCCAAAAUCGAGCUACUCUAGAAUUAGGAGUUGAACAAGAAGAGGAGGAGGAAGAGGUUUCAAAAGCAAAGGCCAAACGAAAAACGGCGGUAGUGUGA